AUGGGGCGGUGGGUACUGCCACACCGCUUUCGGGGCUUGAAGGGAGGCCGCUUCGGGGGCAAUAGUGUACGGUGUGCCGAGCUGGCUCUCAUUGGUGCCUUCUACUCCCUUCCAUUCUUUAGGAUGCCUUCAAGGAAGAACAGAGGGGGCCCUAAAGGAAAGGGUCCUGCGGAGAAGACGGGUCACAAGCGCCCUUUGCGCCAGGAUGGGUCGUCGUCGGACGAAGACGGGGUGUCUAUGGAAGAUUUGGAGGCCCUUCUUCAGCGUGUCAACCAAAUAGAGCAAACAAGGGGGGUUGGUUUGGGUGGGGCUGGUUCAGGCCCUACUCGCAGGGCAAGUAAGAAACAGUUGUUCAAGUCUCUGUUGUCCCGGGUUUCUAUUAUAGAGUCGACCUCAGCUGCGGGGGCAGAAAGGGCGGUCCGGCUUCCUGAACAUCCGGCGGUUCCAGGGGCUGCGGAGGGCUCUGCUGUGUUGUCGGCUGUGCAAACCAUCCCCAGCCCAGAAGCACUUCCGUCGGUACAGGCUUCGUCUGGCUCCUCGGCGGCUGCUGUGGCCGGACCCAGUCAGCCCGCGGCAUUGGCCUCUACGGUCAGUGCUGCGGCCGGGUCCACUCAGUCGGUGGGGUCGAAUGUCGCUGCCGUCGAUGUAGCAGGGAUUGAGCAGUUGGUGACGGCUGUCCCAGCAGGGACUGCCAGGCUGGUGCAUAGAUGGAGAAUCCUUGUUGUGGGCAUAAUUAUGUCCACUGGGCGGAGAGAUACGCCGGGAACUCGUCCUUUGGCCAGCGUCUGGGUGCGCUUCCACUGCAUUGGUUGAGUGGAAGGGUGUUCGGGGCCUUCGUUGGGCCGGUGCUCCAUAUCGGAGGUA